UAGUUCCCUCAAUCAACACAGCCAAACAAAUCGCGCAUACGACCUCUGUCCAACGGAAGGCCUACUUCUGCAGACUUCUCCUGUUCAAGGUUUACUUGAAUUUUUUUUAUUUAUUAAUUUUGUAAUCUUGUACACCUAUACCCAUGUUGCUUUAUUCUGACUAGUAUAUUGGCCUACAUUUCAGGAUUUAACUUGGCUACUGUAGUAUUUAUUUAUUUCGCUAAAGAGUGCUACGGUAACCACGAUUCCGAAACGUAGAUCAUAUACUUUUUAAAAUAUGUUAUUUAUUUAUAAUAUUUUGUUCAAUGGGGCUGAUGAUCAUUGUUUGUUUCGUAUUAGAAUAAAUAUUUGUAUAUCUUUUCUGUAUUCAUAAAGGAGCAUUUUUGGCAUUUAAAUAUUCAUGCCCUGCUAUUUGUGAGAGGAAGUGAAAGGGUCUGAACAGUUGGGAGAGAAUGCUACAAACCUUACGUAUUGUGUUAGCAGCAAUGCUUUGCAACCAGUCCAAAUGUGUUAAAACCUUUAUCUGACAAGUGAAAAAGGUAUUGAAUAAUCAUUGGCACCGGAACAAGAAUAGGAGUUUGAACAGGAAGAUGAUAUCUUCAUAUCUACCAACAUUUUUGCCUAUUGGUUUCCUGGCUAAUGGAGGCCUAUUGGGAUCUUAGGAAAAAAACUGUAAAACGUGACAAAACCGCAAACUGGCUCUGAUCAACACUGGGAUAGGCACACUAAUCAAAACUCAUGUUGCGUAGCUCCUCCCGCCUUGCCACUAAUUGAAAAACACACCUGAGAUUUGAAAGGUGCACAUAAUCUUGGAUCGAGUCCAAUUAACAAACGUCUCAUUAUUCAGAGGCUGUCAACAGUCAUUCGUCUUUGAUGAGGCAGUGAAAAGUAAGUGGAGGAAUUCUUGAAGAUUCCUCCAGACCACCUAGCUCAGCCAAAUCAGUCGUGUAUGUAAAAUACAACCUACAAUGUUUACACAACAUUGCUGAAAUGGAUAGCCUACCUUUGCCUGUGUCUUGGGUGAGAUCUGAAAGCUGAGGGAAUUAGAGUUUCUGAAAUGUAUGCCGGCAGCCUGAGGAUGCAGCUCACAUAGGCCUAGCAACAGAACAUGGGAGCACUCUACACUUGGAUUGAAUGGCCUUAUUUAACAGGAGAAAACAUUCACUAAAGAAAACUGUAGCUUGGACUAUGGCUUGGAGCCCAACCCAUCUCUGCUAGCUUUUUAGUUUGACCAUGUCCUCUCACUGCUUAUUUUCAUAUUUUUUUCUUUUUCGUAUUGCCCUAUGCUAAUGGUUGAAGAAUCAGCAGUUUUUUUUACAAGGACUUACAAUGACAAAUCAGAGGAAUUGCCUACCUGCAAACUUUUUAAAAGUAAUUUUUGAGACGUUUUCGAGUGCCUGUGUUGUCAUACGGAUGAAUUCAGGAAUGGGCAGAUCUCCGGAAAGAUACACUAUAUAUACACAAGUAUGUAGACACCCCUUCAAGUAAGUGGAUUCGGCUAUUUCAGCCACACCCGUUGCUUACAGAUGUAUAAAAUCACGCACACAGCCAUGCAAUCUCCAUAGACAAACAUUGGUAGUAGAAUGGCCUUACUGAAAAGCUCAGUUACUUUCAACGUGGCACCGUCAUAGGAUGUCACCUUUCCAACAAGUCAGUUAGUCAAAUUUCUGCCCUGCUAGAGCUGCCCGGUCAACUGUAAGUGCUGUUAUUGUGAAGUGGAAAUGUCUAGGAGCAACAACGACUCAGUGGUAGGCCUCACAAGCUCACAGAAUGGGACCGCCGAGUGCUGAAGCGCGUAGUGCGUAAAAGUCAGUCCUCGGUUGCAACACUCACUACCGAGUUCCAAACUGCCUCUGGAAGCAACGUCAGCACAAUAACUGUUCGUUGGGAGCUUCAUGAAAGGGUUUCCAUGGCCGAGCAGCCACACACAAGCCUAAGAUCACCAUGCGCAAUGCCAAUCGUCGCCUGGAGUGGUGUAAAGCUCACCGCCAUUGGACUCUGGAGCAGUGAAAACUAGUUCUCUGGAGUGAUGAAUCACGCGUCACUAUCUGGCAGUCCGACGGACUAAUCUGGGUUUGGAGGAUGCCAGGAGAACACUACCUGCCCAAAUGCAUAGUGCCAACUGUAAAGUUUGGUGGAUGAGGAAUAAUGGUCUGGGGCUGUUUUUUCAUGGUUCUGGCUCUUAGUUCCAGUGAAGGGAAAUCUUAACACUACAGCAUACAACGACAUUCUCGACAAUUCUGUGCUUCCAACUCUGUGGCAAAUGUUUGGGGAAGGCCCUUUCCUUUUUCAGCAUGUCAAUGCCCCCGUGCACAAAGCGAGGUCCAUACAGAAAUGGCUUGUCGAGAUCGGUGUGGAAGAACUUGACUGGCCUGCUUAGAGCCCUGACCUCACUAAUGCUAUUGUGGCUGAUUGGAAGCAAGUCCCUGCAGCAAUGUUCCAACAUCUAGUGGAAAGCCUUCCCAGAAGAGUGGAGGCUGUUAUAGCAGCAAAGGGGGGACCAACUCCAUUUUAAUGGCCAUGAUUUUCGAAUGAGAUGUUCGACGAGCAGGUGUCCACAUACUUUUGGUGAUGUAGUAUAUUUAUAAUGUACUGCAAUCACAGAUCUGCCCAUUAAUUUUCAAGCCUUUCCUGAUUUUACACAUCUGUGAAUUGUUGUGCUGCUGUGUGGCUACAUAACCGUCUGGAAUUGUUGUGAGCCAUGAACAGAAGACUGAGUACUAGCCUAGUAAAUUACUGGUGUUGGUCAGAGUAUACAAAUAUUACCAAAGGAAUAGAAGCAAGGAAAAGAUGGUUAAUGAGGAGUCUUUUCAUCCAGUUUGGAAGUACAGUGCAUUCGGAAAGUAUUAAAGACCCCUUGACCUUUUUCCACAUUUUGUUACGUUACAGCCUUAUUCUAAGAUUGAUUUAAAUCAUUUUUCCCCCUCAUCAAUCUACACACAAUACCCCAUAAUGACAAAGCAAAAACAGGUUUUUAGAAUAACUGAAAUAUCACAUUUACAUAAGUAUUCAGACCCUUUACUCAGUACUUUGUUGAAGCACCUUUGGCAGCGAUUACAUCCUCAAGUCUUCUUGGGUAUGACGCUACAAGCUUGGCACACCUGUAUUUUGAGUUUCUCCCAUUCGUCUCUGCAGAUACUCUCAAGCUCUGUCAGGUUGGAUGGGGAGCGUCGCUGCACAGCUAUUUUCAGGUCUCUCCAGAGAUGUUAGAUCGGGUUCAAGUCCGGGCUCUGGCUGGGCCACUCAAGGACAUUCAGAAACUUGUCCCGAAGCCACUCCUGCGUUGUCUUGGCUGUCUGCUUAGGAUCGUUGUCCUGUUGGAAGGUGAACCUUCGCCCCAAAUCAAAUCAAAUGUUAUUUGUCACAUACACGUGUUUAGCAGAUGUUAUAGCGGGUGUAGUGAAAUGCUUGUGCUUCUAGCUCCGACAGUGCAGUAAUAUCUAACAAUUACACAACAUAUACCCAAAACACACAAAAAAGUAAGGAAUGGGAUUUAAGAAUAUAUACAUAUAUGGACAAACAAUGACAGAGCGGCAUGGACUAAGAUACAGAAUAAUAUUAUAGAAUAGAAUGCAGUAUAGCUUAGGGGCAGCAGGUAGCUUAGUGGUUAAGAGCAUUGUGCCAGUAACCGAAGGGUCGCUGGUUCUAAUCCCUGAGCCGACUUGGUGAAAAAUAUGUCUGUGCCCUUGAGCAAGGCACUUAACCCUAAUUGCUCCUGUAAGUCGCUCUGGAUAAGAGCGUCUGCUAAAUGACUAACAUUUUAAAAUGUAGUGCAAGAUAUGUAAACAUUAUUAAAGUGAGUCUGAGGUCCUGGCGCAGGUUUUCAUCAAGGAUCUUUCUGUACUUUGCUCCGUUCAUCUUUCCCUCGAUCCUGACUAGUCUCCCCGUCCCUGCCACUGAAAAACAUCCCCAAAGCAUGAUGCUGCCACCACCAUGCUUCACCGUAGGGAUGGUGGCAGGUUUCCUCCAUACGUGACGCUUGGCAUUCAGACCAAAUAGUUCAAUCUUGGUUUCAUCAGACCAGAGAAUCUUGUUUCUCAUGGUCCGAAAGUCCUUUAGGUGCCUUUUUGUCAAACUCCAAGUGGGCUGUCAUGCCUUUUACUGAGGAGUGGCUUCCGUCUGGCCACUCUACCAUAAAGGCCUGAUUGGUGGAGUGCUGCAAAGAUGGUUGUCCUUCUGGAAGGUUCUCCCAUCUCCACAGAGGAACUCUGGAGCUCUGUCAGAGUGACCAUCAGGUUCUUGUUCACCUCCCUGACCAAGGCCCUUCUCCCCCGAUUGCUCAGUUUGGCCGGCGGCCAGCUCUAGGAAGAGUCUUGGUGGUUCCAAACUUCUUCCAUUUAAGAAUGAUAGAGGCCACUAUGUUCUUGGGGACCAAUGCUGCAGACAUUCUUUGGUACCCUUCCCCAGAUCUGUGCCUCGACACAAUCCUGUCUCGGAGCCCUACGGACAAUUCCUUCCACCUCAUGGCUUGGUUUGCACUGUCAACUGUGGGACCUUAUAUAGACAGUUGUGUUCCUUUCCAAAUCAUGUCCAAUCAAUUGAAUUUACCACAGGUGGACUCCAAUCAAGUUGUAGAAACAUUUCAAGGAUGAUCAAUGGAAACAGAUGCACCUGAGCUCAAUUUCGAGUCUAAUAGCAAAGGGUCAGAAUACUUAUGUAAAUAAAUAUGCAAAGAUUUCUAAAAAUCUGUUUUCGCUUUGUCAUUAUGGGGUGUAGAUUGAGGAUUUUUUUUAUUUAAUCCAUUUUAGAAUAAGGCUGUAACGUAACAAAAUGUGAAAAAAGUCAAGGGGUCUGAAUACUUUACGAAUGCACUGUAUACAGUUGACAGUUUACACCUAUUGCAGACCAGAAACCAGUCUUCAAUGGCCCACAUCAAUCAGUAAAUCUGUAGUUUAGUAUAGCGGAGGACUACUUUAAACGCAUAAUGGGAGCUUCAGGAGAAAAUAUACCCCAACUAAAUACAUUUAACCUAAUUGAUCAGUAUAACUAAACAGAAAAUGAUGUGGGAUGGAUGAGGAAGUACAUAAUAACUACUUUGAAAAACAAAUACAUUUUGUAAAAAAAGAACCUUUGCAAAACCUAUGCAAAAUGUGUCAUACAGAGCAAAUAACUUAUUAACAUGGAUUUAACGUUAUACACUGUUCGACUACAGUGGAUUCGAUGCGUGUUCAGUUAGCAGUGUGUGAGGGCUCAGCCUGGCUUGCUGCGCACACAUUAGAGCUGGUGGCCAUUUUGUUUUUUUCUGCAGUGAAUCCAGAACGCGAGUAAUGAAAGCUGAGUGGGGGAGGGGAAGACUUUGCGCAGUGUGCAAUAACAUUGGAAUGUGAACUGAGUCGUUGUAACAUAACAGGAUGUAACAUUCAACUGAUUAGUUUUAUAUCAAGAAAACUCAUAUCAGAGAUGAGAAAAUAACAUGAUAAUAGUUCGAAGGACAUUUUUUAAGUCGAAGGACAUAGUACAUGUUUGAUAAAUUAUACAACUCAAAAUAGAACUCGAAAACCCCCUUGUCUGUAUUGAUGUGAGGGGUAGCUGUGCACUUAGUUGCAACAGAGUGUCAUUGGUAUGUAGGCUAGCGUAGCCUGCAGCUCUGUCUGCCUAGAGCUGUAAGUUAGUUUGCACACUUUGUGUAAAGGACGCUCUCUCUCUGUGUGUAGUUUUCUCAACGGAUGUUGUAACAUUUCUGUGACUGUUUGUCAUGUGAUACAAGGCUGCACAUUGGAGUCAAAGGCACAUGGGGUGGGGCCACCAUCAACGUGGCCUAUUUAUAUAGCUGUAAGCGGUCUACUGCAGUCUGUCUAGGCAGCAAUGCAGCAACAAUGCAGUAGACUGUUGUACCUUGAACUGAUACAAUAAUGCAGUUUCUUGUGCCUGGAAUUGAUUGAGUUUACAGGGCCAAACUAAAGCACCUAAUAACCUAGCUCAAUUUAAUAUGCUAGGUGAUAAUCAAUUGGUUCGGAUCUCAGUAUCUGCCAAUUUUUUUGAAACAUUUAGGAAAAAUAGCCUACUCCUCACCUCAACAAUAUCAUGGAUAUUUUCUUGUGUCACGCAGAUGUGUUCGUUAUUCGGAAACCACUGCAUUAUGAUGAGUGAUGAUGUCGUUCAGUGACGUACGUAACCUGUCCCUAUGGACAGGGAAAUGUCACUAGGGAUAAGACAGCAAUGCUAGGUAACGGUUUCACUACAUCAACAAGAAUGGUGUACCGUAACUAGGCUAAAGGCAUAUUGCUCCAUGUGUAGGUUGUUAUGGCCAAAUAGUCUGAAUAUAUUUGAAUAAUAUUAGUCAGUUUAUUUAAACGUUUUUUUAUUUUAAUAAUUGUUAUAAUAAUUUACAGUUUCUCUGACUGCUUUCUGUGUAAUUUCUGCUUAUAUCUGAUGGCAGAUGGUUAAUCAUCUUCCAUUAUUCACACUGUAGUUUGUCAGUGCCUUUAGCUUAGAAUUCAUUAUUUGUAUGUUUUGUCUCUGUAUUGCUCCUGUGCAGCCUUCUGGACGAACUGAUCAGUUUUGUGCCGAAAAUGUACUUUCAAUGCUUCAUUUUGUCGUCAUCUUCUGUGUGAAGCCUAAUGUGCGAGUUUGUCUGUGUGCUUGGUUGUUGUUUUUGAACAUUUUGGAAAAAAUGAUCUGGCGAUUUCAAGGUGUAUCUUGAAGCACAGAAGCCUAAGUAUUGAUAAUAAAUUUCAUACGUGAGGACUAGCCUACCCUUUUUUGGCUGUUUUUUGGCCAUUGUGGAAUGUCCUACUUGUAAAAUAUCGAAAACUGUCAGGAGCUUUGCAACACCCACGGCCUGUUCUAUUAUUAAUUAUUACGGCCACCAUCUCUUGACUACUAAAACAUGUCUGCAACUUGUUUUUUUAUGAUGUACUUAUUAAUGAAAGGCUCUGUAUGUUUGCUGAAAUGUGCUUUAGGUCAUUACAUUGAAUUAAUAAUAAAUACCAAUUUUUCCCCCUCCCCCUCUAGGUUAUUGGAUCCUUUUGGUGUCAAAUCCAUGAUCGGAAACCUCCAGGUGAGAUAUUAUUUAAUUAUUUUAAAUCUAAUAUUAUAUGGGACCACCGACACCCCUAGGUCACAUUUGACUAAAUACUAAAACAAUAUGAAUAAUGUCAUAUUUUGUAUAUUGGCCUAUUGUUCUUAAUGAUUGUCAUUGUCACUGUAACUAUGACAAAAUGAAAGUCAGCAGAAAUAUUAAACUCCAUAAGCACAAAUUGGAACCAAGCCCCGACACUGGAAUGCGUUCGACAAUUGGAACUGUAUAAGGUAAAUCAUGCAGUCCUUGCAUAACCCUUCCUCACGGUUGCCAACGGAGCCUGUAUCUAGGGGCCCUGAUUGGCUGAGGAAAAGGACCAAUGAGAGCAAAGGGGAGGGACAAAGGCAGGGUAAUGUUGCUGCCAUCCUCUGGGAUAAUGUAAUAUCCGUGCUGCAGACCGGGCCGGCUGUGUUGGACUUGACAACGCAAAAGCUUGUCAGCCAAUUGAAGCGAGGGAUAGUGUUCUUACAGUGAAAAGGAUAGUCUUCUGUCAUGUUAGUGUGUUCGUCACCCCUGGACCACAUGGCAUCUCAAGUUCGCAAUCCUGAGGACAAAAAGUUGUGAGCGAACAUGCUGGACUAAUCUUCAGGGGAGAGGCAGCUGGACUUGAGACCAUUUUGAUAGACUUCUGCUGAGUCACUCUUUCUGCUGAAAUUGACUCUUGUUGUAUAGAAUGGUUGUUAUGCAGAGCUCACAGUGAAAAAGAACCUUCUAGAAUAGAACAAAGAGGGAAAAACCAACUAACAGGGUUCUACAGUGACCCCUAGUGUUGGCUCAGAACACUGCAUCGGUUUGGCCUAACAGAUAGCUCAUCUGUACCCACUGUAGUGGGUAGAAGCUAGGUGGGUGGCGCAGGUGCUGUUAGCAGUCCCGAGGAGGAUCCUUUCGUGACCCGUUCCAACUAACAUCCCCAUCCCUCCUUGUCACUCCUCAGGUUAAAAUGGAAGUUGCUGUGGCAGAAGAGAAGAAGAAGAUAUUCAGAGCCAGGAAAACCAUGAAGAUAAGCGACCGCCAGCAACUGGAGUCUCUCCACAGCACAUUGUCGUCCCCCGUCCCGCCCCUGUCCAAUUCCAGCUCUCCCCCUCCCCGUAGCCCGUUGACAAACGGCACGCACACAGAGGAUGCACAGAAGGUGGCAGACAGAGAGCAAAACGACGUUGCGGCGACAUCUCGUUCCACAACCCCCGUCUCCCCCAUCUCCCUUACCUCUCGAUCCCCUCCCCUUGCUCUGUCCCUAUCGUUGUCCCCCUCCCCACCAACCUCCCUAAGCCCCAUAGCCAAGGAAGACGCCACUCCCUCCCCAUCAUCGCCAUUCCACAUCCUAAACGACGUACUGAAAAAGAUGGAGGAAGAGGGAAAGUGUUCCACAUCCCCUUCCAAUAAGGACAAGGAAGGGAAGGAUACAGAGAUGGAGGUGACAAAGACGGACGAGAAAGAAGAGAAAGCACCUGAGACUGAGAAAGAGGUUUGUAUGAGAACGAGAGCGAGGAGCUGAAAUUUGGCUAAAUGGGAAACAUUGGAAGUUAAGGAAAAUGGGGUUAUAGUUGGAAAGUGUUGAAGUUGGCAUUGUUAGGGGUCCAAGCACCGCGAGUAGUAUUUUUUUUUUUACCAUGUGUUUGAGUUUGGCGGCUAAAAUACAAACUUAACUGGAUGUUCUCUUCUCCAGGAGGCCUGCACUACAACUGGAACGAGCCAUGAGGACCAAGCCCCUAUGGAUCAGUCUCCUCUGGACUCUCCGUUCUCUCCAGUCUCGCUCGCCGCGUCUGACAAAGAGUCUGGGAAGGACAAGAGGACAGAGCAGAAAGAAGACACAGUGGCCAUGGAAGCUGAUACGGACAAGGACCAUACAGAGACCAAGGCCUCUGAGGCCUCCACUUCCACGGAAGAGAAACCUUCCUCCCCCAAGGCCACCACCAUGGCCUCCCCCGUCCACACCCCCUCCCCCUCCGCUGCCCCUGAGCCGGAUCAGGACAUCGAAGAAGAGGUGGUGAACAAGGGAGAGAAGAAGAAAGAGGAUAGUCAGAAUGAGAAGGAGGGAGUAAUGAAAGAGGAAAAGAUGGAGGUAGUUUCUGUGAAAAAGGAGGUGAAAAGGGAGAAACAGGAUGUUGCCUCCUCCACCUCUACAUCCACAAGUGACAAAGGUAUGAAAUGACAGAAUCUGCAAGACCUGGAAAAUCAUCCAGAGUUGACGGAUACUAGUAGGCACCACUAUGCCAGCUAUGUUUCAUUUUCAACCUAUGGUUUUUUGGAAUUUAUAACAAAAUAUAUAAUCUGGGAAUACUAGCAUUUUACAAAUAAAAUAAUACAGGAACAAAUCUAAUAUUAGUAACAUACACGUAAGCAUACUGCACAGGAAAUUAUAUAAAAUGACCAUUAAUCAAAAUAAUCUGAUUCAACUAAACCAGAACACUUUGUCUCAACAGGGGUGAAGGUGAAGGAGGAAAAGAGCUCCUAUUCUGGACAGAAGCGUCCCCUGUUGGAAGGUGACGAGAAAGAUGGAGGGAAGGUUGAAAGAGACGGGAAGAGGCAGAGGGUGCAGGGCGCGGAGUUGGAAGCUCAGCUCGAGUUGAAAAUCACUGCGAAAGGUGGCAGUCGCCUAAAACUGGAAAAGGUUGGUCUGGCAGGAAUUGAUGAUACCUGUUCCCAUGUAUUAGCAUUUUACCCACAGGUUUAAGACUUUACCCCUAGUCAGGCAUAAAGUAACUCUCAAACAAUCUUGCCCCACACUAUCUAGGUCUACAUUGUGUCUUGAACUCAUCCUACGUUUCUCUUCUUCUCAGGUUCUGCAGAAAAUGGUUGAGGAGCGGUUGAGGGCGCUGCAGCUCACCGUCUUCGACCAAGGUUUACAGGAGCUAAAAGACCGGGUAGAAAAGAUUGAUUGUGCCACAAAACACCAGAGCACCCUUAACACACUACAGGUAAGCUAGCUACAUGUUAAAUACUAGUAACGGGUAUGUUACCAAGUCGAUUUGACAAUAGUCAAUAGUCACAACAGUCAGAAAUAGUCAUCAAUGGUCAUAGUCAACAAUAGUCAUAGUUUUCAAUUGUCACAAUAGUCAGCAAUGCUAAUUAAAAUCCUCACAAAUGGAAAGUCUCACAUGUUCUCACUGUUUCUUACCCUUUUUCAGGCCAAGAUUGCUAGACUAGCAAAGAAAUUCGGAGAAGCCAACCAGGCCUCGGAGAACAAAAGAAAACAGGAGGUAAGAAAUGUUAACUUAUGGGACCCCAGUGUCAGAGAGAUUUUUGUAAGUCAUCUACUACUCAGUCGAUAUUAGUUAAAGCUGCAAUAUGUAACUUUUUGGGCGACCCGACCAAAUUCACAUAGAAUUGUUAGUUAUCGAUCUGUCAUUCUCAUUGAAAACAAGUUUAAGAAGCGGUAGUUCUGUUUUAUGUGCGCUAUUUCUAUGCUUCCGUUCUAAAGUUUUAUUUUUGCGUCUUUUUACUUUCGGUUUUGUACACCAGUUUCAAAUAGCUGAAAAUACAAUAUUUUUUGUUAUGGAAAAUAUAUUUCACAGCGGUUUAGAUGGUACAAUGAUUCUCUACACUAUACAUGCUUGUUUUGUCACAUAAACUAAAAUUAGGUGAACUAUUAGUAUUUUGGCAACCAGGAAAUGGUGUAACGAAUUCUGAAUAUUGCAACUUUAAUAUCGAACAGACAAUGUGAUAAAAAUUGCUGAGGGUGUUAGCUAAAGGUGUCACCAUGACGUGUGUUCGCAGGCGCUUACAUCCCCUGUUGCCAAGACUGCACCUGCUACAAACACCAUUCCGACACAACGGUAAGAGUUCGGUCCUACUGCCGAUGUACUACUUCCUCAUUUAGAAAAGCUUUUAGUCAUUUGAAAGCAUUUCCUCCUGUGAAUCACGAGUGAGCAGUAAUCAAAAACAGGUGAUUGCAUUGCCUCUAGUUUUAUGAAGAUGUGAGAUACAAUCAUUAUUUUAGUUUGUGUGCGGUCGUGUUAAUCACCAUUGGCAAUCAUGGAUGGCAAUUCCCAAACUUUUACUUAUUCCAUAGUUUCCUUUUCUCCAUCUCUUGUGACAGCACAUUCCCAUUGCUUCUAUUCUCCAGUAUAAAAAUGUAUUUUCUGUAUUUGUAAUUCAAAUCAUGCAGAAGGAAAGAUGUGUGUUAGUCAUUGCAUGGGGCUAUACUAGCUAUCAUUGUGCCUUUGUAUCAACGUGACAAUACCGGCCUGAAGCCAAUGAAUGCCACACGUGGAGUCAAUCACAACGUGUGAUUGAAUGUGUGGUGGCUCUGCACAGGAUCGUUAUCAAUAAUACUGAGGCUGGAUUAAAUUCUCGGGAAGAUUGGAUUAAAAGGCAACAACAUCCACUAAAAACCAUAAUAACGGGAAACAAAGAUGAUACCUUCGAGGGUAUUCUCUGAUGUACAGGACCCACUUCUUUUUUGAUCGCUUAGUGCCUACCCGUCAGGCGUUUUCAAAACAAAAUCCCCACAUGAAAUCAAUCAUCAUUUUGUUUUGGAUUAAACAAACGAACAGCGGUUCAGUUUUUGCGUCUUUUCUUUUGCACACCACCAUGGUUCCAGGUCCUGAGUCUUGUGACGUUAUACAAUGCGCCAAAGCUUGAGAAAACAAGCAUUUAAAAGCUGUGCAGACAGUGUUCACAGCACCCGAUCCAACUGCACCUCUCCUCUCAACAGCGUGUUCCGAAUGCAUCCAAAGCUGGAGCUGCAGUCUGAAGAGGGGGCACGGCGGAGAGGGGAGCUGGCGACCUCUAUUGGUUGGAUUAAGAAGGAAGUGAAGGAGGAGGAAGAAUCUGAAGAAGAGUAUGAAGAAAUAUCUGAGGAAGAGGAAUUUGAGAAGCCUUCAUUCAACCUAAGACACCAGCCUGCUAGAAGAGAGCAGUCACAGCAGCAGUCACCACAGCAACCGAGCAGAGGAACUAGGGUUUGUUCAGACAUAAUGCUGCGUCCCAUCUCCACGGACAAGGAGAGACUGCUUUACCUGCGUUCUAAGAGUGCUGCCAGGAAGGCGAGAUCCGAUCGUUACGCCGUAUUCCUGUUCCGGAACCUGGUCUCAUACGAGACCUACGUGAAGUGGAUCACCACAGUGAACUACGUUGGAACGUUGGGCAAGGACGCGCUGCCCGUUAACCUGCGCGAAACUAUGAAGAAAUAUUUGGAACAAAGGUUCAACAAACUGUACGCCAGAGACUGGAAAAAGAUCAGGGACGCCAUCAAUGAGAUCCUGAGAGUGAAGAGACUACGGUUCUUCUUUGAAUCAGACUUUAAUUUGACUUAGACAGGUUUGAUUGGGAAAGUGCCAUUUUCCACAGUAUUCGUGAUGCACUUUGUUUUGUAUGGAAUUAUGGAAACGACAUAGUCUUGAGAUAGUUGCAAUCAUCACAUUUAUUUUUAUUUUACCAACGUUAACAGUAAUAAUUGCAUUCCUGCCGCCAUAAAACAUUUGAUUUGUUCAUAAUAUUCCCAGUUCCUAAUGUACUGAACUAAAUAAAGGUCUGGAAUUACUAUUAAAAAAAAGAUGUUGAGAAUUUUUACACUAAUAUCAUUAUAACACAAACGUAUACCAACAUUUUUUCUUAAUGUACAGUACCAACAUUUUUAAACAACCUGCAAAUACUUUAUGAUUCUCAUGACAGAAGACUACAAACAACUCAAGAAUGAUACCCAUACAUUAAACAAGUCCUCAAGGAAUCAACACCUUUUACCCCCUUUUUUGUGAUAAAGAAUUUUCAAAUUUGCAGAUAUUUUUUUCUUGAAUUUGUUAAACUCAAUGCAAAGAAGAACAAACAACAAAAUACACAUAACAAACACUCAGUCAAAAAAAUUUCAGUCAACACGUCUUAAUGUUACAAACGGGGAAACGGAAGAAGACCGAGCCGGAAGACAGAAUAAUAGUAAACUGGCAGGAAGUGUGGCAAAUAGGUCGCCAAAUUACAAGCAGGAAGACUUUCUCUGGUCUGUCUCAAUAUGACCUCUGACCUAUUUUUAAACAAGCCAACUGAAUGCAAAUCACAUCUCUUUCAAUUACCUUUACAAAAAACAAUUCAACUCAAUGCAAACCCACAUCUCUUCUAACAGGCCAGUAGGAGCUGUUGUAAAGCAGCCCAUGACCAGCCCAGUCUCUACCAACCUUACAGGUAAGAUCUCCCUUCUCCUUCUCCCUUACAUGUCAAUAGGAUGUUUCACCUAUCAUGGGGAUUGAACGACCCAGAGAUCAAGUUACAAGAUAAAGAACAACACCAACUGAUAGUGUGCUCUGACCUGUCCUGGAAUAGGAUUUUAAAGUUAAAAUCUAAAGUCACCAUUCCUUUGCUCUCUCGUGUUGUCUUUCCAGUUUCUCCGGUCAAAAAUCCCAAACCUGUCCCCACUACCACUACGGCCUCUGCCAUGGUAACACAGGGCUCCAUCCUGCAGCUGAUCCCCACCUCCUCUAGCUCCGCCUCCCUGUGCACUGUCACCUCCCAGAGCGGCCCCACCGGCACCCUGCUCCUGAAGACCACCUCAGGCUCCAACGUGGUGGGCCAGAACGGCCAGCCCCUCCUCAUCCAGCUGCCUCUCUCUGCCAUGGCUAACGGUGGGGCCGGAACCCUGGUCAACAUCCCAGUGUCCUCCUUCGCUGCCGUCAACUCGCUCAACAAAGCCAAGACCACUACUCCCACCACUACCUAUAUCCUCAAGGCCGGCCCCACCACCACCACCAUGGCUGGCACCACCACCUCCACCAUGGCCUUGCAGCCCAUCUCCUCCACUACCCAGCUCUCCCCAGCCAUGUCCCCAGCCCAGAUGACCCUGGCUCGGGCUGUGUACCAGGGGGGCGCUGGGGGGAUCAGUACGCCCAGUGCUGGGAUGUCAGUGACCACAGCCAGGGCGCCGGUUCAGGCGUCCUCUGGUCCAGCUGCAACGGGCUCGGCCGCUCCAGGACCUCCGUCGGGGACAGCUAUGACGUCAAAGACAGGUGAGUUUCCUAGCAACAGGCCUGAUAACUAUAUCCUAUACUGUAUGUGGACAAGAAUAAUAAUUGCAUUUAUAAAUAAUGAUUUUCAAAGCGCUUUACAUUGUAAUGGGGAAACCACUUAAUCCACUAGCUACAGUGAGGGAAAAAAGUAUUUGAUCCCCUGCUGAUUUUGUACGUUUGCCCACUGACAAAGACAUGAUCAGUCUAUAAUUUUAAUGGUAGGUUUAUUUGAACAGUGAGAGACAGAAUAACAACAAAAAAAUCCAUAAAAACACAUGUCAAAAAUGUUAUAAAUUGAUUUGCAUUUGAAUGAGGGAAAUAAGUAUUUGACUCCCCUCUAUAUCAGAAAGAUUUCUGGCUCCCAGGUGUCUUUUAUACAGGUAAUGAGCUGAGAUUAGGAGCACACUCUUAAAGGGAGUGCUCCUAAUCUCAGCUUGUUACCUGUAUAAAGGACACCUGUCCACAGAAGCAAUCAAUCAAUCAGAUUCCAAACUCUCCACCAUGGCCAAGACCAAAGAGCUCUCCAAGGAAUGUCAGGGACAAGAUUGUAGACCUACACAAGGCUGGAAUGGGCUACAAGACCAUCGCCAAGCAGCUUGGUGAGAAGGUGACAACAGUUGGUGCGAUUAUUCGCAAAUGGAAGAAACACAAAAUAACUGUCAAUCUCCCUUGGCCUGGGGCUUCAUGCAAGAUCUCACCUCGUGGAGUUGCAAUGAUCAUGAGAACGGUGAGGAAUCAGCCCAGAACUUCACGGGAUGAUCUUGUCAAUGAUCUCAAGGCAGCUGGGACCAUAGUCACCAAGAAAACAAUUGGUAACACACUAUGCCGUGAAGGACUGAAAUCCUGCAGUGCCCGCAAGGUCCCCAUGCUCAAGAAAGCACAUAUACAGGCCCGUCUGAAGUUUACCAAUGAACAUCUGAAUGAUUCAGAGGAGAACUGGGUGAAAAUGUUGUGGUCAGAUGAGACCAAAAUCGAGCUCUUUGGCAUCAACCCAACUCGCCGUGUUUGGAAGAGGAGGAAUGCUGCCUAUGACCCCAAGAACACCAUCCCCACCGUCAAACAUGGAGGUGGAAACAUUAUGCUUUGGGGGUGUUUUUCUGCUAAGGGGACAGGACAACUUCACCGCAUCAAAGGGACGAUGGACGGGGCCAUGUACUGUCAAAUCCUGGGUGAGAACCUCCUUCCCUCAGCCAGGGCAUUGAAAAUGGGUCGUGGAUGGGUAUUCCAGCAUGACAAUGUCCCAAAACACACAGCCAAGGCAACAAAGGAGUGGCUCAAGAAGAAGCACAUUAAGGUCCUGGAGUGGCCUAGCCAGUCUCCAGACCUUAAUCCCAUAGAAAAUCUGUGGAGGGAGCUGAAGGUUCGAGUUGCCAAACGUCAGCCUCAAAACCUUAAUGACUUGGAGAAGAUCUGCAAAGAGGAGUGGAACAAAAUCCCUCCUGAGAUGUGUGAAAACCUGGUGGCCAACUACAAGAAACGUCUGACCUCUGUGAUUGCCAACAAGGGUUUUGCCACCAAGUACUAAGUCAUGUUUUGCAGAGGGGUCAAAUACUUAUUUCCCUCAUUAAAAUGCAAAUCAGUUUAACAUUUUUGACAUGUGUUUUUCUGGAUUUCUUUGUUGUUAUUCUGUCUCUCACUGUUCAAAUAAACCUACCAUUAAAAUUAUAGACUGAUCAUGUCUUUGUCAGUGGGCAAACGUACAAAAUCAGCAGGGGAUCAAAUACUUUUUUCCCUCACUGUAUAUGUAGCACCCAAAGCAGCAAAAUCUAAAAACCUGUUAUAGAAGAAUAGAGAAUAUUAUCUAACUGUUUUCUUUCCUAUUUCUAUUCCAUCCCUUUCAGAUAACCAAGCAACAAGCUCUACUCCAACCAAGACAGGGGCUCGACCCAAAGGCUCCUUCAUAGACCUCACUGAGGAGGAGGAGGAGGAUGAUGAUGUGCUAGGUGAGAAUGAUUCCCAAAACCACCUCCAUAUUCCUCCCUCUCAGCUCCAGAGAGGUCCACUGAAUAAUGUCGUUAUGACCUCCAAAAUAGUGACAAUUGUUGCUAAUUAUGGCUAUUCUGGCUAAAUAAAGAUGAAUUGAAUUCCCUUUUCUGUCCUGUAUUCAUAAUUCCUACUAAUGUAUUCUGCAGUGACUGGUGUGAGAAAGGCCACUACGGCUGUGGUGUCCUCCUCUUCAGUUACCCAGCGAUCUACUGGACCUCCUCCGCUGAUCAGCACUCCUAGUGGUGAGGCCUGCACAUUACAUAAUCAUUGAUAUUACCAUAAACUUUUUAUCCGCUUGCUAGUGUGUACUAGCUAGAUAGUGUGUACUAGCUAGCUAGCUAGUGUGCAUGUAGUGGCGUAAAGCUUGUAGUGGGCGCGGCGUGUAGUUACUGCAGUCCUGAUAUUAUUGCUUGAAAGGAGUGCCCGUCUUCACUUUUCUGAGGAGAUUUUUGUUGCGUGUUCGUGGGUGCGUAACCAGAUGUGAUCAGAGGUAAGUUGCACUUUAUUUAACUUCUGCCUUUGUAAUAUUAUAUUGUUCUGGAGUAAGACAAGUAUUUCUCAGAUAUAAACCUGCUGUUGAAAUUGUGUUUUGAGGGCAAAUGAAAUGGCUAGGUAGCUAGCUAGCUUUGGCUAACCUAAUCCAUUGCCAGUGAAUCUGACAGAUGAAGUUUCAGCUCCCCGUAAAUGAUUGCUUGUUUGCUAUCUAGCUAGCCACCUUGUCAAUGGCAUAAAGAGUGAACAGAUUGAUCAGAUGUGUGUGGCAAUAGCUAACUACUAUCACAUUAGCUAGCUAGGUUGCCGCUAGCUAAGCUGGCUAGCUAAGCUAGCUCCAGUGUUAGCCAUGUAGCUAGCUAGACUAUUCACCUCGAUUCACACCAGUUUCAGUAGCUAACGUUAGGUCUACAUUGUGAUUACCACUUGAUGUAUAUCAUUUAGUCAGGCUAACAUUAGUCCAUUUUAUUUGGGAAUGAGCCAAACUUAUUUUUCAUGUAUUUUUCAUUGGAGGAGCUAUGUGCCAUGGUGAAUGUCCCUUUUGAGGAGGCCAGAGUGUUGCAGUCAGAGAUGGAGAGUGCUAGUGAUAGCUCAGAUGAGGAAGGUGAUCAUGAGGAAAAUGUCAGGGUUUAGGCAUCUCAGGAUUUCUUUGGAAAGAGCAUACCUUUUUACCUAUAAUGCUAGCUAGUUAAAUGUACAUUGUGUUUAGAGAAAUGGCAAUGCUCAAAUACUGAAAUCUGAUUGAUGUAGCUAAUAUAUUUCAAAUUAUUGUAUCGAUAUAGGUUCUCUUAUUUGAAAUGUUUAAGACAACAUGCAUCAAAGAGCAGAGCAGACAAAGGCAGUGCAGAGAGCUACCAAUCAGGGGUCGGUAGAGCAGGGUGCUACAGGACAGUCAACAACAGAGCAAAAAGCUACAGAGCAGGGAUCGGUAGAGCAGGGUGCUACAGGACAGUCAAACAACAGAGCAAAAAGCUACAGAGCAGGGAUCGGUAGAGCAGGGUGCUACAGGACAGUCAACAACAGAGCAAAAACUACAGAGCAGAGGUCGGUAGAGCAGGGUGCUACAAGACAGUCAACAACAGAGCAAAAAGCUACAGAGCAGGGGUCGGUAGAGCAGGGUGCUACAGGACAGUCAACAACAGAGCAGAAAGCUACAGAGCAGGGAGCAACAGCAAUUGAUGAGGGUAAGAUAAUACAUUAAAAAAUUUUAAAUAUUUUUUUUUACAUGAUCAACCGGGCAGUCCAGCUCAGCAUCCUCCCACUCCAUGGCUCUCACUCUGUGUGUGUGUGUGUGUGUGUCAUUCAUGUUUUUAUGACUAGGCCUAUGAGCACAUAUGUCAUACAGUGUAUCAUCUCAGGAUGCUCAGUGCCAUUAUACUAGAAAUCAAUGUGUUUUCUUGUGUGUGUAUUUGAAUGUACAGCUUGUAGCAGCACACCUGAGGUGGGGGAGAAUGGGCCUGCCAAGAAAAGAAAAUACCUUUCACAUUGGAAAGAUGAGGUUCGGAAGAGAAGGAGAAUGGAGGGUAAAGCCUACCUUGGCAGGAAAAAGGGUGAAGGGGAGGUGAAAAGAGAGCCACGCAAUAUGGGACCAGGAUGUGUGUCAGAGGGUUGCCGAAGGUCCUCCAAGCGCUCCUGCAAUGCAAUCUGUGAUGAGGACAGAGAGAAGAUUUUUCAGUACUUCUGGCAAACGUUGGACUGGAAUGAGAGGAAAGUGUAUGUGUGUGGUCUUGUUGACUGCACUGCAGUGCAGCGCUGCAGGUCUGAGAAUAUGGGUUCUAGAAGGACAUCCACAUUGGCAUACCAUCUUGAAGUUUGUGGUGAGAAGAAGAGAGUAUGUAAAAACUUGUUCCUCUCAACCCUUGGGUUGGGUGAAUGGUCUGUGCUACACUGGGUGCAAGCGAAGGAGCUUGAGGAGACCGUCAGAUUAACACCUGUGAGGAAUGAGGCAAUAGACGACGAGAACAUUUCUGCGUGACUUACCGAAAGUACCAUCACACUACUGCACGUCGUCCUCUAAGCAGUACCUGGAGCCUGUUUUCCAAUCCAUGUCAGAGCUGCAGCCGUCAAUGCGAGGAGAGGAUGGGAAAACCCCUCAGUCUUCGCCAGGUGUUCACACUAACAUGAUUGCUUUGACUACUACAAUUUGAUAUCUGCACUGUUUGAUUAUUUAUUACUUACAUGAUUCUUACCGGAAUACCUUGAUUUGAUGUUGAAUUCCUUGCUGAAAUGCGCCUUGAUGAGAUUUGCAUACUUGUAACAUGAUUGAUAGUGAAAUGUUGAUAUUGAUUGUUGUUUGACUGUUGUAAUACUUGUACUGUGAGUAAAAAAUUAAACAUCACACUUGCUGUAAAUCUUUUUUUGUACACAUUCGCCAUAACAUGUACUUGAUGAGAUAUUGUCAUUUAAAUUAUUCCAAUGUCUCAAAAGUACGAUUUAACUUUUUAUGAAAUUGAACUCAUUCACAGUGAUAGAUAUUAAGUCAAUCAAAUGUAUUUAUAAAGCCCUUUUUACAUCAGCAGAUGUCACAAAGUGCUUUUACAGAAACCGAGCCUAAAACCCCAAAGAGGAAGCAAUGCCGAUGUAGAAGCACGGUGGCUAGGAAAAACUCCCUAGAAAAGCAAGAACCUAGGAAGAAACCUAGAGGAACCAGUCUCUGAGGGGUUGCCAGUCCUCUUCUUGCUAUGCCGGUGGAGAUUAUAAGAGUACAUGGUCAUUAAGGCUAGAUCGUUCUUCAUGAUGUUCAAACAUUCAAAGAUGACCAGCAGGGUGAAAUAAUAAUCACAGUGGUUAUAGCGGGUGUAACAGGUCAGCACCUCAGGAGUAAAUGUCAGUUGGCUUUUCAUAGCUGAGUAUUCAGAGGUCGAGACAGCAGGUGGUAGGGAGAGAGAGGGUCGAAAUAGCCGGUCCGGGAUAGGGUUGCACGUCCGGUGUAGAGGUCAGGGUUCCAUAGUUGCAGGCAGAACAGCAGAAACUGGAUCAGCAACAGGACCAGGGGGACUGGGGACGGGGACAGCCAGGAGUCGUCAGGCCAGGUAGUCAUGAGGCAUGGUCCUAGGAGAGCGAGCGAAAGAUGGGGGAAUUAGAGGGAGCAUACUUAAGGGGGGACACUGUGGCAGCGUACGACAAUACCCCCGGAUAGGGCUAACCAGGCAGGAUAUAACCCCACCCACUUUGCCAAACCACCAGAGGGAUUUCAACAGACCACCAACUUACUACUCUGAGACAAGGCGGAGUAUAGCCCUCAAAAAUGUCCCCCACCACACGAGCCCGAGGGGGCGCAAGACCGGACCGGAAGACCGGACCGGAAUUGACUCAAUCCACUCAAGUGUUAUUCAACCGCAAUUGCAACCAUUGUAAAAUACACACAUUAUGUCUCAGUUAAUCAUCAGUACAUGCUUUAUAAAUGAUUCAAUAAUAUUUCAUGGUUGUCAGUUAAUGGAAAAUUAAAGCAGAAAUGGCAAUGCGUUUGCUGGUGCGGAAGCGGCCUGCUCUAUUCAAUGAUAAGAACCCAGUAACUCCACAUAUAAUGUGUGCAAAACUCGUAACUCCAUUAUACUGUUUUUUAUGUUGUAAAAUAGCAAUUGUUUAGUGACGUGAAUAUCUGACCGAAAAUGUAGUCAAAUUAUGAACAUUCAUGACGCUGUGUUCAUUAAUGUUGAAAUUAUAAUGUAUUUUUUUUCACCUUCUUAAAAGUUGUGAUUUUGGAGAUACAAGGUUUUCAUACAACAUUGACGAUAUGCUUGUUACAGACUAAGCGGAACAAAAGUAAACCUUGAAUUUGGAGGUUUAACAUAUCCCUAUAUUGGCCAAGUUUACCUAUUUUAUGAAAUGCCAUCGGUUGCCUUCAGAAAAUAUUCACACCCCUUGACUUUUUCCACAUUUUGUUGUGUUACAGCCUGAAUUUAAAAUCAAUUAAAUGUAGAUGUUUCUUCACUGGCCUUCGCACAAUACCCCAUAAUGUCAGUGUAUUUUUUUUAUUUUUUAAACAAAUUAAUAAAAAAUGAAAAGCUGAAAUGUCUUGAGUCAAUAAGUAUUCAACACAUUUGUUAUGGCAAGCCUAAAUAGGUUCAGGAGUAAAAAUUUGCUUAACAAGUCACAUUAGAAUUUGCAUGGACUCACUCUGUGUGUAAUAAUAAUGUUUAACAUGAUUUUGGAAUGUCUAUCUCAUCUCUGUACCUCACACAUACAAUUAUCUGGAAGGUCCCUCUGUAGAGCAGUGAAUUUCAAACACAGACGCAACCACAAAGACCAGGGAGGUUUUCCAAUGCCUUCGCAAAGAAGGGCACCUAUCGGUAGAUGGGUCAAAUUAUAAAGGUUGACAUUGAAUAUCCGUUUGAGCAUGGUGAAGAUAAUAAUUACACUUUGGAUGGUAUAUCAAUACAUCCAGUCACUACAAAGAUACAGACGUCCUUCCUAAUACAGUUGCCGGAGGGGAAGGAAACCUCUCAGGGAUUUCACCAUGAGGCCAAUAGUGACUUUAAAACAGUUUAGUUUAAUGGGUGUGAUAGGAGAAAACUGGGGAUGGAUCAACAACAUUGUAGUUACUCCACAAUACUAACCUAAUUGACAGAGUGAAAAGAAGGACAGAAUAAAAAUAUUGCAAAACAUGCAUCCUGUUUGCAAUAAGGCACUAAAGUAAAGCUGUAGAAAAUGUGGCAAAGAAAUUAACUUUAUGUCCUGAAUACGAAGCGUUAUGUUUGGGGCAAAUCCAACACAACACAUCACUGAGUAACACUCUUCAUAUACUGAACGCAACAUGCAACAAUUUCUAAGAUUUUAUGGAAUUACAGUUCAUAUGAGGAAAUAGGUCAAUUGAAUUAAAUUCAUGGAUUUCACAUGACUGGGAAAACAGAUAUGCAUCUGUUGGUCACAGAUACCUUAAAAACAGUGGGCCUCACAAUCGGCCUCAGGAUCUCGUCACGGUGUUUCUGUGCAUUCAAAUUACCAUCGAUAAAAUGCAAUUGUGUUCGUUGUCUGUAGCUUAUGCCUGCCUGCCUGCCCAUACCAUAACCCCACCGCCACCAUGGGGCACUCUGUUCACAACGUUGAAAUCAACAAACCGCUUGCCCACAUGACGCCAUACAAGUGGUCUGCGGUUGUGAGGCCGGUUGGACGUACUGCCAAAUUCUCUAAAACGAUGUUGGAGGCGGCUUAUGGUAGAGAAAUUAACAUUUAAUUAUCUGGCAACAGCUCUGGUGGACAUUCCUACAGUCAGCAUGCUCCCUCAAACUUGAGACAUCUGUGGCAUUGUGUUGUCUCCAGCACAAGGUGCACCUGUGUAAUGAUCAUGCUGUUUAAUCAGCUUCUUGAUAUGCUACACCUGUCAGGUGGAUGGAUUAUCUUGGCAAAGGGGAAAUGCUCACUAACAGGGAUGUAAACAAAUUUGUGCACAACAUUUGAGAGAAAUAAGCUUUUUGUGCGUAUGGAUCAUUUCUGGUUCUUUUAUUUCAGCUCAUCAAACAUGGGACCAACACUUUACAUGUUGCGUUUAUAUUUUUAUUCAGUGUAUUUUCAGGCAUAGUGGUGGGGCUGGCUGCAUCAUGUUAUGUGUAUGCUUGUCAUUGGCAAGGACUAGGGAGUUUUUAUGAUAAAAAGAAACAGAAUAGAGCUAAGCACAGGCAAAAUCUUAGAGGAAAACCUGGUUCAGUCUGCUUUCCAACAGACACUGGGAGACAGUCAGCUUUCAGCAGGACAGUAACCUAAAACAAGGCCAAAUAUACACUGGAGUUGCUUACCAAGAUGACAUUGAAUGUUCCUGAGUGGUCUAGUUACAGUUUUGACUUCAAUCAAAGCAAUGAUCAACAACCAACUUGACAGAGCUUGAAGAAUUGUAAUAAUAAAAAAAUUAUACUGUGCAAAUAUUGUACAAUCCAGGUGUGCAAAGCUCUUAGACUUACCCAGAAAGACUCACAGCUGUAAUCUCUGCCAAGGGUGAUUCUAACAUGCAUUGACUCGGGGUUGAAUACCCCAAAGCAAUAUUUUUUAUUUUUCAUGAUAUAUAAUUUUUUUUUAGAAUUUUUCUUCCAUUUAGACAUUUCAGUAUUUUGUGUAGAUCGUUGACAAAUUUUUUAAAUUAAAUCAAUUUUUAUCCCACUUUGUAACACAACAAAAUGUUGAAAAAGUCAAGGUGUGUAAAUACUUCCUGAAGGCCACUGUAAAGUCUAAGAUCUUUGAUUGGCUAAGGCAGAAUAAUCAUGGCCAGCACAGGGCUAAGCGUGCCAGGUUAUCUCACAUGUAGCGUUCUUUCACGUGCAAGUACGUCGACUAUUUUAAAUGGCUGAUGCGGAUUAUGUGAUGAGAAAAAGUGAACGUUUAAACUUUUUCUAAUGUUUGCAUGUAUGGAUCCCAUAUCACCCUGAUAUUACUAUAACACGCAUUCAAUUAUAAUCUUAAUUGCUGGAUGUAUCAUGAUUGUGGUCAGUCAGUAGACAUAAUUUAAUAGAAUUCCAAGGAUAUCUAUUAGCCUAGCCAUGCCUGUGAUUCAAUGCAUUAGAAGUCAGCUCUAUGUCUGUUUGCUCUGUAAUAGUGGUUCUGAGUAAAGGUUUGCAUAUUUUUCAACUCAAAUAAUCUUGUGAACCACACAGAUUUGAGGAGGGGAUGGGAUGCUUAUUAUGUUAUCUAAUUUGACAUAUUGUCCUCUCUUUACAGGUACGGCAUCAAGAGCAUCUCCUCAACAGUCAGUCGGCGGUCCACAUCUGACAGUCCACUACCGCCCCCCUCUGGUGAGUUUGUUAACGCUGAAUCUAUUUCACGUGUUCAUAUUUUUCUUGGAUUCAUUUGAGUUCUAUAAGAUUAUUUUAAUGUGUUAAUUUCUCUCUAUUUAAAUUAAUACAAUAAACAACUUAAUACUAAACCAAACACAACACAAUUAAAUACAAAUAUAAAUAAAAACAUUCUAAAUCUAUACAUUUUUUUUCUUGCAUAUUUCUUGCCCUAAUUAAUUUCCAUCUCCUUUCGUUUCAUUCCCAGGACUCCCCAUCCAAAGCACGCAUGGGAAACAAUACCACUCCAACCAAGCCCCCCCCUGUCACCCUGCCCCCGUUACCCUUGGCUCCCCUGCCUCCUGGCCGGCUACCCAUGGAGGCCAACCAGACCAUGCCCCCCCAGCAGCCCCAGCUGAAGCUGGCCAGGGUGCAAAACCAGAAUGGCAUCGUCCUUUCCUGGUGCGUGGCAGAGACUGACCUGACCUGUGCCGGGGUGGAAAGCUACCACCUGUACGCGUACCACCAGGACAAUGCUGGGUCGGCCGGUAACGGCCCUGGAGCGGGGCAGCACUGGAAGAAGAUUGGGGAGGUGAAGGCACUGCCACUGCCCAUGGCCUGUACCCUCACCCAGUUUGUCUCUGGAUCUACGUAUUACUUUGCUGUCCGGGCCAGGGAUGUGUACGGGCGCUUCGGGACGUUCUGUGAGCCGCAGUGCACUGACGUCAUCAGCGCCACCACUCCUAGCUGAGCCAACCGGGAAGGGAAAAGGCAUUUCAUGUGACAGGAAGUUGAUAGCAUUCCACCGCUUCUUUUUUACAGUGUUCGGGAGGACCCUGACUGAGAUUGCUUUAGUGGUAACACGUGAACGUACACACACACACCAUGAGAAAACAGUUAAAUGUACACUGUUGGACUCCAGACUACUCUGAUUGGAGAAAGGAUAUGGCAAUGGUUAUCGUUGUGCCUGGCGUUGUAUAUUCUUUGUGAGUUAAGCUAUUGUACAUAAGUGAAUUGUUCCCCAUGGCAGGUCAGAUAUUUAUAUGUUGACUUCUGUUACCCUGGUCCGG